GAAAAGGAAAACAAAAAGUAAAAAACAAAACCUUUUGCCAGCUCAAUCAUCAUCAUCCACAGUUUUUUGCUUGACCAAAAAUGUACAGAACGAGGAACAGAGCAUAGAGGGAAGCAAUUCUACAAUUAUUAGGGUUUCUGUGUAGACGGGGAAUCUCAGAAUGCCAACGCCAUGUUGCCAAGGUUUCACCGCAUUCCUUUUGAAAUUCCUCAAUUUCUUACAAGCUUUCAUUGGGGUCUCCAUCGUCAUUUACUCUGCAUAUAUGCUUAACCACUGGCACCACCACCAUCACAACGAUGUUCAUGACGCCCAAUUCCACAAUUUCGUCUCAGUUGACGUUUCAAAUUCUGUCGUCUCCGCUUUACCAGAGUUGAACAAAAAUUCGCUUCCAGCUCCCUGGUUUAUAUAUGCCUUCAUGGGAAUUGGUGUUAUCUUAUGUUGUAUCACUUGUAUUGGGCAUGUUGGUGCUGAAGCUGUUAAUGGAUGUUGCCUUUGCUUUUACUCUCUGCUAAUGAUGACUUUAGUACUCCUGGAAGUAAGUCUGGUAGCAUUUGUUGCAAUUGAUCAUCAUUGGGAGAAGGAUCUUCCGACGGACCCAACUGGAGAACUUCACAGCCUCCGCAUCUUUAUUCAACAAAAUAUGGAUGUUUGUAAGUGGAUUGGCAUUGUUGUCAUCGUAAUACAGGCAUUCUCCUUGUUUCUCGCAGUUGUUCUCAGAACUUUGGUUAGUAGCCCUAAACUAAAUGAUAUGGAGGGAGAUUAUGAUGUUGUUGGAAGAACAAGGGAGCCACUGCUUGAUCCACGUAUAAGCCAAACAUCUGGGUUGGCUAAAGGUGAUGCAAGAGGUGGCCAUUCUGACAUCUGGAGUUCACGGAUGAGGGAAAAGUAUCAUUUGGACGGAGAAGCAAUACAUCAUAUACCAAACCCAAAUCCAUCAUGAGGAUGUGACGUUGAAUCUCAUGGAUUAGAUAAACUGGCAACACGGCUGAGAAUGAAGCCUUUUUCAGUGAUUGUGUGUGUACCAUAAACUAUAGACCCUUCGUUUGUUGUCUGUUUAUGUAAGGCAGUGUACAUAUGUCUGCAGAAAGACAUUGCAAAGCUGGCAUGUAGAGAUAUACUUAUCUCGCUUGUUAAUAUAACAUUUCCUUUGUUGAGAAGCACUUUACUAGAGUGCAUUUCUAAGUUUAGUGAAA